CAAGAACAGGCGGUGUAUUAAAUGGCAUGUCAAGGAUUCUUAUCAUUAUCGUUAUCUGCAAUGUUUUAAUUUAUUAGCUUAGAGCUCUAGAUCAUUCAGAGUAUAAACUACCAUAAUGUCUAUGGAUGAAAAAUUAAGAAUCGUCAAAGAAAAUAUUCGUUCAUAUCCAGAUUUUCCCAAAAAAGGAGUGCUAUUCAGAGAUGUGUUCUCAGUAUUCAGCAAUACUCAAGCAUUAAAAGCUCUGAUGGACUUGAUAGUAGAUCAUGUUUCAUCAAUACAAUCUCCCAUAGAUGCUGUUAUAGGACUAGAAUCAAGAGGCUUUCUUUUGGGACCCUCUAUUGCUCUUAAUCUUGAUGUGCCAUUUGUACCUGUCAGAAAGAAAGGUAAACUCCCCGGUGAACUGGCAGAAAUACAGUACAAACUUGAAUAUGGAAGUGACUCAUUUGAAAUACAGCGUGACAGUUUAAAAGCUGGACAAUCUGUUUUAAUUGUUGAUGAUCUUCUUGCAACUGGUGGUACCAUGGGUGCUGCCUGUCAGCUGAUGGAUAUUCUGAAUGUGAAAGUUUCUGAAUGUUUUGUUGUUAUCGAAUUAAAUGAUUUAAAAGGAAGGAAUAACAUUAAAUAUCCUAUACAUUCCCUUAUUCAAUAUUGAUCUUAAAUUUUCUUAGAAAUCUCUAAGUUCAUAUAUAAUUAUUACUUUUUAGUCAAUUGUGGAACAUUGUUUAAAAUAAUUUAUUCCAUUUUAAUUUGUUGUUUUAUUAAUUUAAGUUCUACAGUUAUCAGUUUAUUAUUAUUAUUAUUAUUUUUUGUAAUGCACCUUUCGAAGUGUUACUUUGAGAGGAUCGUUUAUUUGUUGGUACAUUCCUUACAAAUGUAUAAUGUGUACAUUAUUCCUUAAGUUUUAUUAAUUUAAAAACUGAUGACUCAGAAUUGUUGAUUUUUUAUAUGAAGUGUUAAGAAUAAGUGGGACAAAGAAGUUGUAUGUUAUUAUUCCAUUGUGUUCAGUUUUGCUACAAAUUAAAAUAAUUUUGCAAAACUUAUUCCUUCUAUAGUUUUUAAAUAAUUAUAACCAGUGAUAAUAAUAAUAAUAGAUAUAUAAAAUAUAUAUAUAUA